AGAGACCAGUAGCCGGGUUUGCAUGCAAGUGGAACUCGAAUCGGAUCAAGGAGUUUCCGACCCGCACAAUUGGUUUAAACUUGAACCUGGAACAAACCGGAUUGAUUUUUGAAAACCGUACGGUUCAUCCAGGUAUUGGUCUAGAUAAGGCCGCUUAAAAGGGAACAAACUCGAAUUGGGGCCAUUGAGUGCAAACCAGACCGGUAUUCGUCUACUCGAAACGAGCAUAGGAAAAUGACAGGUUAACGGGUCGGGUCAAGACAUUGCAUCCAUAAUACAUACAUGGCCCGCGCGUUCUUCCUCUCAUAGUUAUUGUGAAGAAGGAGAGAAGAACGAACACAACGAAGGACUUCUAGGGUUUCAGUUUUCGGUGCUCAGAUCAAUUGUAAAUUCACUAUUCAACCAUAAAAUCAAAGAAUUAAUCUUCGAUGAACGAUUGUGAUUGGCACAAUUGAUGGGGCAUUUGGGGGAAUUUUUGAAUCCAAGUGUUUGGAGAAAUUUCUGUAGAGAUUGAAGAGUAGGCAUUAAAGGAAUGCAUGGACAUACCCCAGGAUCUGCUCUCUUAGUAAAUGCCGAGGUUGACUCCAUGGGAGGGGUCAUUGAUGGUGGAGUUGGUAUUGAUAGCAAAUCCUCUCCACGCCGAGCAGCAAUUGAGAAGGCUCAAGCAGAGUUGAGGCAGGAGUAUGAUGUUCGUGAGGAGCGCAGAAGGGAGCUAGAGUUUCUGGAGAAAGGCGGUAAUCCAUUGGAUUUUAAACUCAGACCUGCAAGCUCAAUCAGUGUUCAGUCUACUUCUUUGACUGAUCAGCCUGCUGAGCAUUUUGUGACAAGUGAAGCAAAGGGUAGCUUUGCAUUGGCUGCCUCACCUCCUGGAGAUUCUGUUGAAAGCAGUGGCAGGCCUGGGGCUCCUUCAACUCGUGAGCCAAAUAGUGGUGAUAAUCUUUUACUUUUUGAUGGUGAAGGUUAUCCACCAGAGGGAAAGAGGAAUUCUAAAUAUACUGGCAGAAGAAGUAACAUUUCUCCAUCAGAACAUUCCUCUCGGUUAGAUGGGAAUCAUAAGGCAAAGGGGUCUGAUGACUCAGUGAUAUUCCGCCUUGUGAAAAGUCGAGCAUAUGCUCGAAGGAACAGGUCCAGAUCAAGUCGUGAGAGUGCUCGGGCUUGCUCAACCGAUGUAGUUGCACCUGCCGAUGGUAAUGGAUCUUCAAGUUUACUCUCUGCUCGCCAUGGUUCACGGGAUGCAAAGGGGUCAUUAAGCGAAGCAAAGGCUCAGAAGGACCACACUGUGUCUUCCAUUUCUAACUCAAAAUCAGCGGGCCCAAAUGGUAGUUUGGUUUCUAAGACUCUGGCUUCUGGUAAUCAGGCGGAUAUACCAUUGGAUGCUGGACACUCUCAUAAGACAGCUACAGGCCUGCCAAAAGCUGGUUUGCCUGAAGUGCCUGAAGUUAUGGCUUCCAGAGACCUGCAGAAUGGCAGUGAUAAUCAGCAACCGUCAGUGGGUGAUGAUGAGGUUGCUCCUGAUCUGGGUAAACUGGGAGUUGAAACUGGUCUUGAUUUGAAGCCUUCUACAGCUACUGCAAAGACAGAGAAUCAUCCAGGUGUUGGUGAGCUUAAUGGGGUCAGCAUUCCGAGUAGAGAUGCAAAAGACAUGCAAAUUGAAGCUCAAAAUGGAAUUACAGCUUUGAGUGGAAAGGGGUUGGACUCGGAAUCCUCUAGCACUCAAAUUACCCAUAGCUUAGAUGGGAAUACAGCCAGUGAUCCUUGUCUGAAUCAAGUUCAUGCUAAUGGAAAUUCCAAUGAAAAUAAAUUAAUCUUUCAAGAAAGUCUUGCUACUGCCAAUGCCAAUGUGGCCAAACAAAAUAGUGAGACCAAAGCUGUUGAUGCUCUUUGUGUGAGUAUUGACAUUCAUGAUUCUGUUCAGCAAAACCUGAGCAACAAUGUCUCUAAUGUCAAACUUGAGGAAGAAAUAUGCGAUAGUAGAACUGGCUUGCAAAAUGAGGGGGGACCUUCUUACAACAUUGAUGGGACAGAACCCAGUAACAAUGUUGGUUCAAAAACAGAGAAUAAACUAGAUAAUUCAUUGGGUGAUAAUUCCAAUUUGAGAAAGGGAGGUUGCUCUCCUCAAGGUGGACCUUCAAGCACUGCUGUUUCCUCCAAUUGUGAGCUUCCGGAUCCCACUUCUUCUGGAAGGGGCCUUGUAGCUGCCUUGGAGCCUCAAUCUUGUGGCGGGAACCAGCUGAAAGUGUUGAACAAGGAGCAUGAAGAUUUUAUUUUGAAAGAGGCACAAACAAUAGAAGCCAAGCGUAAGAGGAUUUCCGAGCUCUGUGUGGGAAAUUUUCCUUCUGAAUACCGGCGCAAAUCUCAUUGGGACUUUGUGCUUGAGGAAAUGGCAUGGUUGGCAAAUGACUUCAUGCAGGAGCGUCUUUGGAAGAUAACUGCCGCCGCCCGAAUAUGUCAUUUGGUUGCAUUUACUGGUCGGUUCAGGUUUAAUGAACAAAAUCUACAUCAGAAGCAAAGAAAAGUAGCUCACAUCUUGGCAAAGGCUGUCAUGCAGUUCUGGCGUUCAGCUGAGACAUUUCUAAGUAGUAAUGAUUCAGCUGUUGGGCUUAAAGAAUGGAAGUCAGCUUUAGUUGGAUCAGCAAAUGUUAAUGCGGGUGUAGCCAUUGAAGACCGCAUUGGAGAACUUAAUAUGGAAACAAACAAAGAUUUGGAAGAACAAAAUUGUGGCCAAAGCCACAGACUUGCAAUUCAGGGAUAUGCAGUGAGGUUCCUGAAAUGUAAUAGCUUUCAUGAUCAUCCUCUCCAAGCUGAAGCACCAGUGACUCCUGACAAGAUAUCUGAUACAGGCAUUCUCGAACGGGAGGAACAUUUUUCAAAAGAAAGCCUUUUCUAUACUGUUCUCCCUUGUGCAAUGGGAGACUACAGAAAAUCCGUUGAAUCUCAUUGGGCACAGUAUGAGAAAACUGGCAACAAUAUGCAACAAGAGGAAGUUGAGACAUCUAUGUAUGAUGCUUUAUCAGAGUUUGGCUCCCGAGAGAAUGCAUAUGAAGAGGAUGAAGGAGAAACUGGAGCAUAUUAUUCUCCUGGAAACUUUCAAGGUAGAAAAUCUUCAAAAUUUGCUCAGAAGAAGCGGAAAACAUUGCUGAAAUCAUAUCCUCCAAGGUCAUAUGGAGUCGGAGCUGAUUUGCCGUACGGAAUGGGAACUAAACUGGCCACUUUACCAUCCUCGUUAAUCGGGAAAAGGCCUAACAGUUUGGCUGUUGGUUCAAUUCCAACAAAGCGUAUGCGUACUGCAGCCAGGCAGCGGGUUCUAAGUCCUUUCAGUGCUGCAGCUGCUGGGAAUGUACAGAUUACUAGCAAAACUGAUGUUUCAAGUGGAGACACUAGUUCUUUUCAGGAUGAUCAGAGCAGUCUCCAUGGUGGAUCCCAGUUUAGGAAACCAAUGGAGGUUGAGUCAACAGGAGAAUUCGGCAAGCAGUCACCUUUUGAUUAUACAGAUAUAUCAACAAAACCUAAAAAGAAGAAGAAGGCUAAGCAUUUACUUUAUAAGAACUCCUUGCAUUCAACAGAAGCUGCCAUUCUCCCUGGCAAAGGUGCUGUGUAUGAACAGAGAUGGCAACUUGAUUCCAUGGUUCAAAAUGAACAGAGGGAUAAUGCCAAAAAGAGAUUGGAGGGUCAUCAUUUUGAAUCUAAUGGAAACAGUGGCAUUUUUGGCCAACAUGCUGCGAAGAAGCCUAAGAUGAUGAAGCAAUUAGCAGAGACUUGUCCUGAGAAUUUUGCUCCAGUGACUGGUUCAAUUCCUUCUCCUGUGGCUUCCCAAAUGAGUAAUAUGUCCAAUCCAAAUAAGCUGAUGAAAAUGAUUGCUGGCCGGGAUCGAGGCAGGAAAGCGAAGGCACCAAAGGCACCUGCUGGGCAGUCAGGGUCAGGAAAUCCAUGGUCGCUAUUUGAAGAUCAGGCACUUGUUGUCCUUGUGCAUGAUAUGGGUCCAAACUGGGAGCUUGUAAGUGAUGCUAUCAACAGUACACUGCAAUUCAAGUGCAUUUUUCGGAAACCUAAGGAGUGCAAAGAGCGUCACAAAAUUUUAAUGGAUAGGAAUGGUGGUGAUGGAGCUGAUAGUGCCGAAGAUUCAGGGUCAUCUCAGCCUUAUCCAUCUACUUUACCUGGCAUUCCAAAGGGCAGUGCCAGACAGUUGUUUCAACGUUUGCAGGGUCCUAUGGAAGAGGAUACUCUUAAGUCUCAUUUUGAGAAAAUCAUUUUGCUUGGUCAGCAACUGCAUUCUCGUAGGAGCCAGAAUGGUAAUCAGGAACCAAAGCAAAUAGCACCAGUCCACAAUUCUCAUAUUCUU